AUUAAACAUUUAAAUUAAUUAAUUAUUGAGUAAUUAUUAUUAAAUAAUUACUUUAUAUUUAUAUAUAUUAUAUAAAAUAUAAAUAUAUAUAUAUAUAGGAAAUAAUUAUGAAAUUAAAAAAAUAUAUAAGUUUUAUUACAAUAAUAAUAUCCUUUACGAUAUUAAAUAAAAUUUCAGCAGUAAAAGAUGGUGAUUAUACAGGAUAUAAAAAAUAUUAUGUAACACAUGAUUCUGAUGCAAUUCGAGAAUAUAUGGUUGGUUUACAACUUGAAGAAACUGAUUUAGAUUUUUGGUUAAUAUCAGAAAAUUCAACAACAGUUUUAGUGCCAGCACAAUUACAAGAAAAUUUUGAAAAACGUUUAACAGAAUUAAAUUCUUUUUUCAAUAAAACUUCAAUAUAUGGAAAUGAAUAUGAUUCUGAUAUUGAUUCUGAAGUACCUCUAAUAAGAGGUAGUAGACAGGUUUCAGGUUCUUUUUUUCGGAGUUUUCAUCGAUAUGACACGAUAUUGCAAUAUAUGAUUGCAUUAGCAAGGCGAUAUCCUUCAAUUGCAAGAUAUGAAACAUUUGGACGUUCAGCUGAAGGUCGUGCUAUUGGAGCUUUGUCAAUAUCAAUAACAAGAGGUAGACCAAGAAAAUUGGCAUAUAUUCAAGCUGGUGCACACGCUAGAGAAUGGAUUACACCGACAACAGUUCUAUAUUUUGCUGCAGAACUUUUAGCAAAUAUACAAUUUUAUCGUAGAAUAUUAAAUGAUGUUGAAGUCUAUAUUGUACCUGUAUUAAAUCCUGAUGGUUACGAAUAUUCACAUACCAGAGAUAGAUUUUGGAGAAAGAAUAGACAUUUUUAUUCUGGUUUAUCAUGUAGAGGUGUAGAUUUAAAUCGUAAUUUUGGUGUUUACUGGAAUUAUGUUGGAUCAAGUCAAAAUCUAUGUUCUGAAGUUUAUUCAGGUAGAUCACCAUAUUCUGAACCAGAAACACAAGCAGUAAGACGUUUCUUAGAAGCAAAUCGUUUUAGAGCAAAAUUAGUAUUGGAUAUACAUUCAUAUGGCAAAUAUAUUUUCUAUCCAUGGGGAUAUACAAAAUUCCCAGCUAGAAAUCGUAACUUCUUACAUUCAGUUGCUUUAAGAGCAGCAAAUUCAAUAGCAAAAUAUCGUGGUACAAUUUAUCGUAUUGGAACAUCAGCACAAUUAUUAUAUGAAGCUUCUGGUGGUUUAGAUGAUUGGGCAUAUGGCGUAUUAGGAAUCCCAUUAACAUAUACAUUAGAAUUACCUGGAAGUGGUUUUGUUGUACCAAAUAGUGAAAUUAUACCAAUAGGAAAAGAAACUUAUGCAGCAUUUAUAGAAUUUCUUAGUUAUCUAGAUGAUGAGCAAAUAGAAUAUGCGCAAAAUUCUUUAAUCUCAGAUGAUCAAAGUUUUGAUUUUGGAUUUAAUGAUGACAUUUUUCGGAGUAAUUUAAAAUCAAAUUAAAUAAAAUGUCAUUGGAAAUGCGUAUAUGAAUGCGUAUAUAUGUGUAAUAAGUUUAUAUUAUGGAAGUUCCAAAGAAAUUUUAUACUCGCAUAUUAAUUUAGGAUAUCGAUGUGGGUUUCGUUUUUAAUUGUGUUUCUACGAGUAUAUACAUGAAAUAAAAUUUAAAAUUUUAUGGA